AUGUUGGCAAAAUCAAUUUUCAGAGCAACUUCAGCUAGAUUAGUCUCAGGAAAGCAAUCAGUCAGAUGUGUAGGUAAAGUUAUCGCUCAACAAAGAGGAGUGUUGGCCAUGACUUCAUUCAACUCAAGAAUGUUCGCCAAUGCCGCUGGUCUCGAGAAAAGCAUUUAAAAGCUGUCAAAGGCCUUAGAAAAGGAGAUUAAGUACGAGAAUGAGAACUAUACUCAACUUGAGGACAUCGAAACUUUCCUUCACGAGUCAGGAUUCAAAUUCAGCGAAGAAGAAGAUGGCAUCGUCAUGACUCUUUCCAAGCAGGUUGGAGACAGACUAGUCGAAGUUGUUUUCGAGUCUAGACAGCCACUCCCUGAUGAUGAGAACGAUGAUAAUCAACAAGAGCCAACUCAGACCCAAGGUCAAGAAGAGGAGGAACAAGCUCCAAGUGAAAACUAUUGCGAUUUCACCGUAUACAUCUCAGACGCUUCAGGAAAGCAAGGACUUGUUGUUGAGGCCACCACCAUGGACACUGAGAUCUCAUUCAACUCAGUUCAAAUCGCUGAAAACGUUGCAGAUGCAAAGAAAAUUCACAGAUUCGAGAGACAAAUUAAGUCAUAUGCCGGUCCAGAUUUCUCAACCCUCGACGAGAGAAUCCAAUCUGCCAUCUCUGAAUACUUAGACGGCUUCGGAAUUAACGAGCACCUUGCUGCUUUCGUUGAAUGCAUGUCACUUGAUAAAGAUCAAAGACUCUAUAUGGGCUGGCUCAACGAUCUCAAGUCAUUCGUCAACAAAUGA